AUGGCGUGGAGGGAGGUGCCGCCGGGGUUCAGGUUCCAGCCGACGGAGGAGGAGCUGGUGGGAUACUACCUGGCACGGAAGGUGCAGGCCAUCGCCGGGAAUGGGAUCAUCCCGGACCUGAUCCAUCUCUGCAGCGUCGAGCCAUGGGACCUGCGACCUCGAGACUGCUGCUACUUCUUCACCUACAAGGGCCGCAAGUACCCCACCGGCACGCGCACCAACCGGGCCACCGCCGCGGGCUUCUGGAAGGCCACCGGCCGGGACAAGCCGGUGCUGUCCUCCACCGGCUCCCCCUCCCCGGCCGUCAUCGGCAUGAGGAAGACGCUCGUCUUCUACCUCGGCCGCGCGCCCAACGGCACCAAGACCGACUGGAUCAUCCACGAGUACCGCCUCGUCUCCGUCGCCGACCACCAGGAGGGCUGGGUGGUUUGCCGCGCCUUUCAGAAGCCCACCACCUUCACCCUGCAGAGCCCGCCUCUUCUUCACCUGCAGCAGCAUAUGCAUGGUGAUAGUGGUCUGGUCUUGGCCUCCCCGCCCGCUCCUGCACCUGCCGACGGCGACAAGGAAUCCAAUAUGCUGUUGACACCAGGUGCCGCCGGCGACCCUGUUGCAGAUCAUCACUCUCAACUGCUCGCGAUGAUGAAGCAGCAAGCUGGUGCCAUCGACUGGAGCUUCCUCGACGCCUUGCUGCUCCACGAUUCUACCUAG